AUGACGAACAACUCAAGCGAACCGGUGGCUCGACGUCUCGUAGAAGGCCUGAAAUGCAACUUAGAUCUCUAUAAUGAAUAUAUCGAGUCCGAUGAGGGGCAGGAUAUCUUCAUCAUGGCUGCACUGUGCGAGUCGCGCAUCGUGUACCUCAAGAACGUUCGCGCUGGAUGGUAUGGGCCAAUUCCGCAAGCGGAUCUUUCCUUGGCCAUGUGUUCAGAGGAGUGUCUGCGCAGCGACGAGUUGCACAAGAAGGCCAUGUCGCUGUCGCGCUGCACAUGCGCUCAAGUAUCCGCCGAUACGUUCGUACGCCAUGAUUUCUGCCUCGAGAAUUCCGCUCGACUACUGUGUACUCAUCUAAGCGAAUGUGGGCACUGGGGCUGCCAACUUGAGGAUUUCAACUGUCUUCGAUACGAAUGGGAUCACUUAUAUCCAUCGCUCACUGCGUCAUGGUUAGCAUAA